CAGAGUUCGACAUGCACACUGAAGGGUGAAGGCAGAUGAGAUGAGCGCUUGUGCUAUAACAACUCCCCAUUCUGCCUGCUAGCUUGCUGUUAGUAAACAGUCUUGGGGACGUAGAUGUUUUUAUACAGAAUAAGUCAAUUAUGUGAAGCAUAUAAAUAUUAAUAUUUGAAUUAUAUUGCUUCAAGUAGUUACAUCUUGAUGAAUGGAUCUCCUUUUAAAAGCUCUAGCAGCUAGCCUGUUAGCUUACCGGUGAACUAAACUACCUUGCCCGACGACGCUCAACUUCCUGUAGGCGUGAGAAUCACGAAAGACCGCGGUCUCGCGGGCCUAACCGGGGUUUGUGUUUCUGUUGUAGCCAGCGGCUCUGGUAAACUUCAGCAGAAUGGUGGACAGUGCCAGUCUUCAGUUUGUGAGCCCAUAUGCAUUUGAGGCCAUGCAGAAGGUAGAUGUGGCCAGAUUAGCAGCUUUAAGUGACCCAGAGCUCCGGCUCCUGCUGCCCUGUCUGGUGAGGAUGGCUCUCUGCGCCCCUGCAGAUCAGAGUAAUGCCUGGGCGCAGGACAAGAAGCUCAUCCUGCGACUGCUGUCAGGCGUGGAGGCGGUGAACUCCAUCGUUGCACUGCUAUCUGUGGAUUUCCAUGCUCUGGAGCAGGACGCUAGAAAAGAGCAGCAGCUGAGGCAUAAGGCUGGAGGCUCUAACAGCGAGAGCAUCCUGGUCUCUCAGCUGCAGCAUGGUUUGACUCUGGAGUUUGAGCACAGUGAUCCUCUCAGGAGACUCAGACUGGCUCUCAGUGAGCUACUAGCCAUUAUGAACAAGGUGGCUGACUCUAAUGGAGAGUUUUUCCUCAAGUCUUCUGAGUUGUUUGAGAGUCCCGUGUAUCUGGAGGAAGUGGCUGAUGUUCUUUGCAUCCUACAAGCAGAGCUGCCUUCUUUGCUGCCCAUCAUUGAGAUGGCCGAGGCCCUGCUUCACGUGAGGAACGGAGAGUGGUUCCUGUGCCUGCUGGUGGCAAAUGUCCCAGACAGCUUCAGUGAGGGUAUGCCCACAGAUGAAGAGGCGGAGCAGCUGUUGCAGUUGAUGACCAGUCGUCCACCAGCCACGCCUGCAGGAGUGCGCUUUGUCUCCCUGUCCUUCUGCAAACUGCUGGCGUUCCCUACCCUCGUCAGUACUCCAGAACAGGAGCAAUUGAUGGUAAUGUGGCUCAGCUGGAUGAUAAAAGAGGAGGAGUAUUUUGAGAGUGCCGCCGGUGUCUCGGCCUCUUUUGGAGAGAUGCUAUUACUGGUUGCCAUGUAUUUCCAUAGCAACCAGCUCAGUGCCAUCAUCGAGCUGGUUUGCUCCACCCUUGGGAUGAAGAUCGCCAUCAAACCCAGCUCACUAAGCAAAAUGAAGACCAUUUUCACUCAGGAAAUCUUCACAGAACAGGUGGUCACAGCACAUGCCGUGCGAGUGGCUGUUACUAAUAACCUCAGUGCCAACAUCACAGGAUUUCUCCCCAUCCACUGCAUAUACCAGCUCCUGAGGAGCCGAGCUUUCACCAAACACAAAGUGUCCAUAAAGGUAAUCCUGAGUAUGUGCAUCGCCCGGCUGAUCAGAAUGUUUCCUCACAAUUACAUCGUCAGCCUUAAAGACUGGAAUCUGCCUCCUCUAGAGUCAGCCACCAACCAGCCAAUCACAGAGCAGGAGAUCCUUAAUGUUUUCCAAGGCUUGGCAGGGGGAGAUGGAGGGAAAGUCCGUUCUCAGCAUACCAUCACCACCCAGUUGCUCAUUCUCUAUUACAUCCUGUCGUAUGAGGAAGCUCUGCUCGCAAAUACAAAGACGUUGGCACUUAUGCAGAAGAAACCAAAAUCGUACUCUCCUGCCCUCAUGGACCAGAUUCCCAUUAAACACCUCAUCCGCCAGGCCCAGGGACUGCAGCAGGAGCUGGGAGGCCUACACUCUGCUCUUCUGCGUCUGCUGGCCACAAACUAUCCUCACCUGUGCAUGGUGGAGGACUGGAUCAGUGAAGAGGAAGUGACUGGUACUCUGCCUUUACUGAGGAAGAUGUUGCUGACAUCCUCAUCUUGCAAAUACUCACAGACACAGCUACGAGAGGCUUUCCAGAAUGUUCUCUCCGGCGGGCCCAGGCUGCUGCGUAUCCUGGAGCAUCUGACGUUGCUCUCUGCGGGUGAUCUGAUCCCAUAUGCAGAGGCUCUGACUGCCAGCAUGGGGCUGCUCUUAGAGGACGGCGUCUCUCGCAGGAUCCUGCAGACUGUUAACAAACUCUGGAUGGUACUUAAUACAGUCAUGCCACGCAAGCUGUGGGUGAUGACAGUAAACGCUCAGCAACCUUUAGUAAAGCUCCUGCGGCAGCAGAGAUACACUCAGAAUGAUCUGAUGGUGGAUCCUCUCAUCGUCCUGCGCUGUGACUCCAGGGUCUUCAGACUAGGUUAUCCGCAGGCUUUGCUCCCUCUGACGGUGGCAGGAAUUCCUUCUAUGCACAUCUGUCUAGAUUUUAUCCCAGAACUCCUCGCUCAGCCGCAGCUGGAGAAACAGAUCUUUGCCAUACAGCUGUUGUCCCAUCUGUGCACCCAGUACGCCCUGCCCAAAUCCCUCAGUGUGGCACGUCUUGCCAUUAGUGUGAUGGGCACCAUCCUCACAGUGCUGACCCGUGCCAAGCGCUUUGCAUUUUUCAUGCCGACACUGCCAUGUCUGGUUUCAUUCUGCAAGGCGUUCCCCCCACUCUUUGAUGAUGUCAUGUCCCUGCUGGUUCAGGUGGGACAGGUGUCCGCUGCUGAUAUCACCACCAAGGCCAGAGAUAUUGACCCUCUCAUUGCCAGGCUCCAGUAUAUGAGACAGAAGCCACAGGAAAUACCGCUAUCAGAAUCCAAAUACUCUCUACGCAAGAGGUCUGCAGAGGAGCUGGGUAGAGCCGAUCCUGAUGUACAGCUAUGCUAUCAGAUAGAGGCCACCUUCAUGGACAUCAUCAGCUCCAGCACACAGGCACUGUGACAACACAAACAGACAAAUAGAAAUGUUAAUGGGACUAUGCAUAGAUUGGAAUGAGUUUUUUGUCCUAUAUAAAGGUUAAGCCUCAUGUUACAGGACUCUGGGUUGCAGAAAUCUGCUUAUGAACAUGCAAAGCAGUAUAAUGAUAGAUGACUUACAGCUGUUGGACUAGCGCUGGGACCAUUUCAGUUUAAAGUCAGUCCACACAAAACACUGAACAUGAAUUUUCUCCAUUUUGGCAUCCCAAUACCACAAGUUUUGAAAACAUCUGGAAUGAAGGUAAUGACAGAAAUUCUAAUUUGAUAUAGUUUUACGUAAACUGUACUUAUAUGGUAUAUAUGAAUAGUCAAAUCACGGGGUACCAUUUUUCAAAACAAAGGACAAGAUGUACUGAAAUAUAAAAAUAUAGAUUGCAAUUCCAUAUUCUGUUGCCAGUGAAAACCACCAUCUAUAUUUGACUCAAAACAACGCUUGACUUUCCAGGAAGCAUCUUUUAAGUCUUAAGUGAGUUGGAUGUUCAUUCUCCGGCCUGUCCUGAAGGAUUGGAGUAAUUCGGGUCACAAAGCAACUUGCUGUAGAUGUAGUAGACGUUUUCUAAAUGGCGUGUUAGCUUGUUAGUUGAUUGUGUACUUGAGUGUGCAAAACAAUGGAGUGUGUCCAGGGCGCUUAGCAAUGAUAUUAUUGGUCUGUUUUCUAGACCACCAUUUAAAAAAGUAUUUUCUUGGCUCAAAUUCAUCUUUUCUUGAAGCUUGACAUCUGAAUUUUGUUUGUUACCUUGGUUUUGUAUACAUGUCAAUCUUACGCUUUGAACAUUUUGUAUU